AGAAAUGCAGCAUUUAUAGGCAAAGAACUGCGAACGAAAUAAUAGAAUAUGAACAAAAAAAGGUAAAGUAGAAUAGUAAAAACAAAUUUUCUUCCCCUUUCUUUAGAGCAUCCCAGACCUAGAGAUCUGUUUUAAGAAAUAAUAGAAAGAAAGAAAUUGUCGGCAGAUCUGUUUUCUGGGAUAUUCGAUUUUCCUUUUUUCUGGUUGAUCGAUACAGGAGGGAAAGAUGAAUAUAUUUAGAUUAGCAGGGGACAUGACCCAUUUGGCGAGCGUCCUUGUUUUGCUUCUCAAGAUCCAUACAAUCAAAUCCUGUGCUGGCAUUUCUCUGAAGACUCAGGAACUCUAUGCUCUUGUCUUUGCUACACGCUACUUGGAUCUUUUUACCGACUACAUUUCACUCUAUAAUACUCUAAUGAAAUUAAUUUUCUUGGUGAGCUCUUUCUCAAUUGUCUGGUAUAUAAGGCAUCACAAGAUCGUCCGCAGAUCCUAUGACAAAGACCAGGACACGUUUCGCCACUAUUUCCUUGUGCUGCCGUGUUUUCUAUUGGCCCUUGUCAUUAACGAGAAGUUUACUGUCAAAGAGAUAAUGUGGACAUUCUCCUUGUACUUGGAAGCUGUAGCCAUCCUUCCUCAGCUGGUCCUGCUGCAGAGGACUAGAAAUAUUGACAACUUGACUGGGCAAUAUGUUUUUCUUCUGGGCGCAUACCGGUCAUUAUACAUAUUGAAUUGGAUUUAUCGCUACUUCACUGAGCCACACUAUGUUCACUGGAUAACUUGGAUUUCGGGGCUUGUUCAGACACUGCUUUAUGCCGAUUUCUUUUAUUAUUACUUCCAAAGCUGGAAGAAUAAUGUGAAGCUUGAGUUGCCUGCGUGAGGUCAUAGCAAGAAUUUUGAUAAACCGCAGCAUACAUAAAUAUAUAUUUAUUGUGAGGCCAGUCGCAUUAUGAUAGUCUUUUUGUUUGUGGAUUUGUUUAGAAGAAGCAUUUCUUUUAUUCCCAACUAAUUGGGGUUUACCAAAUGGUAUGUAGCACCAAAAGAACUUGUGAUUUAUACUGACUCUAUAACUUACCUUGACAUUCUUUAUUUUUAAGUCCUUGAACAGUCUUUCA